CGCGAUUAUAGAGAUCAAAUUGAUGUUGCCCAAUCAGUUGCUAAAGCACAGAGUCUUUUGAUUGAUCCUGUACCAGCAGCCAAAAAACGUAGAAUAGAAGUUGAUGCAGACUAUGAUGAUUCAGAUGAAUAUAUUCCUAGCGAUGAUGAGGAUGAUGACAGAGAUUUACGUGAGAAUAGUAGAUCUGAUACUUCAGCUUCCCGUAAGACACGGAAGCGAAAGGAAUCAGACAGUGCUUCGUAUCCACGAAAAACAAUUAAAGUCAAUCCGCAAGAGUCUGAAAAACGGUUAUCUAAUAAAUCUGUUGAGAGUUCCAAAUCUGCAU